AUGUAUUGGUCUCCAGAAAUUCUCCAUGCUGCUUCGUCGCCAUUGAAGAGAAAGAAGGAGCUCCGAAAUAGCGAUUUGGGAAUUUCACAAAUCGCAUAUUUCUCUCUUCACAUUCCCACAUUUCUCUCCGAUCCUCUUCUUCCAAUCCUGCAGCCGCAGCCGGAAAAGCCUACCCGCCGCCGGAUUGAGCCACAGCCGCCGCAGCCUAAACCACAGCAGCCGCCGCAGCCUAAACCACAGCAGCCGCCGCAGCCGGAAAAGCCGCCGGAAACCAUCAAAAACCGCAGCCGGAAAAGCCUACCUGCCGCCGGAUUGAGGUAUUUCUCGCCGGAUCCUCUUCUGCCACAGCCGCCGCAGCCUAAACCACAGCAGCCGCCGCAGCCUAAACCACAGCAGCCGCCGCAGCCGGAAAAGCCGCCGGAAACCAUCAAAAACCGCAGCCGGAAAAGCCUACCCGCCGCCGGAUUGAGGUAUUUCUCGCCGGAUCCUCUUCUGCCACAGCCGCCGCAGCCUAAACCACAGCAGCCGCCGCAGCCUAAACCACAGCAGCCGCCGCAGCCGGAAAAGCCGCCGGAAACCAUCAAAAACCGCAGCCGGAAAAGCCUACCCGCCGCCGGAUUGAGGUAUUUCUCGCCGGAUCCUCUUCUGCCGCCGCAGCCUAAACCACAGCAGCCGCCGCAGCCUAAACCACAGCAGCCGGAAAAGCCGUCGGAAACCAUCAAAAACCGCAGCCGGAAAAGCCUACCCGCCGCCGGAUUGAGGUAUUUCUCGCCGGAUCCUCUUCUGCCACAUCCGCCGCAGCCUAAACCACAGCAGCCGCCGCAGCCGGAAAAGCCGCCGGAAACCAUCAAAAACCACAGCCGCCGUCAGCCUAAACCACAGCAGCCGCCGCAGCCUAAACCACAGCAGCCGCCGCAGCCGGAAAAGCCGCCGGAAACCAUCAAAAACCGCAGCCGGAAAAGCCUACCCGCCGCCGGAUUGAGUUAUUUCUCGCCGGAUCCUCUUCUGCCACAGCCGCCGCAGCCUAAACCACAGCAGCCGCCGCAGCCGGAAAAGCCGCCGGAAACCACAGCCGCCCAGAUUCUAACCAAGAUCUCACUUGAGCUUAUCAAUAAUCAAUGGCAAAAAGUAAUUAAAGUUUGA